GAAUAACAAAAGGCAAAAUAAGAUAUCACAAAAAGUUUGCAAAAAUGCUUUAUCAGCUAAUCUUUCAACAAAUUCACAACCAACACUAAUCAUUGCAUCAAUUUUAUGGACAAUGAUUGCUAUCCUGUUUCAGUUCAUUCAUGAUCUAUUGAUUGUGGUGACAAAUUACUUUUGGAAUACAGAUGAAACAACUGCACAUCAACAAUAUUUCGCAAUAUCCGAUACUAGUACGAGGAUCAGAGAAAUGAAAAGAAAUGAAAUCGUAAAAAAGAAAUGUGAAGAUAUCAAAUAUCUGAGACAAUGGCCUAACGUUCCCAAAGUAGUAAAUGCAUUUACUAAUGUUGACCAUUGUUAUGGUGAGCAUGAUGUGACGAUCUACCGUAAAGAUAUCUUUCCAAUAGAUUCUGGCAUUAGUUCACAACAUAUUUCACCUGCGAACACAAAUGAAACAUCAUCCGAAGGUAUCGAAGAAUGUGAAAUAGUCCAUAGAUCAUUUCAACAUCGUGGAAAAGAAUGGAAUUGGAAUAGAAGUGAUUGCGAUCACAUAACGUCAAGAAAUGGUGCUUGUCACGUAUCACGUAAACUAACUGCAGCAUGUCAAAGUUCCUUUAUUAGACCAUCUUCUCGUUCAUCGAUACAUCGAUCAUUUCGUGAAGAAUUAUCAAUCACACGUCAUGUUUCCCGUGUCCGAAAUGCACACAACAAACGGGCUAAAUCAGCUGUUGCAGUUACCCGGCAUAAAAAAACUGAAUCCGAAAUGGAAUCUCAUCAAAAUAAUCCUACCUUUUACGAUGAUUUUGAUCAGUUUUACCGAAAAUGAUAUGGUGGAAACUAACAUGAUAGAUUGAUACGGAACAUCGGACAAAAUCUAAUUGUCUACAAACUUCUGGUUUCUCUUUUGCUCACAGAUCUAUG